AUGCCACACUAUUCUUCUGACGUCACCUCGUGGCUUGCUCCUGGCAUCGGCGCCGCCUACUUUACCGAAAACACCGCCCAAAGCCGUCCACAACAUCGAUUACACAUACACAAGCUUCUCCAGACUGGCCCCGAUUUGACUGCCUGGGAGCCACUGGGGGUUGAUCCUUUGGAUGCUAUCCCAUCCUCUCUUGCCGGUCCAACCACUCCAGAGACCCCGGCUGCUACGCCACAGGUGCUCAUCUCUGAGAACAAUGAACCUGUCGGAAAAAAAGAUCCUGUCCAGGAAAUACAAGCACUUCCCAAGGCAGCUUCUCCUGGUUCGGAGAAGCCCCGCUCGGCCUCCGAUACAAUGCCUCCGUUGCGCAAGCUCAAAUCCUCAUUGAAGCUCCCUCAACUACACAAGUGCAACUCCACCUCCCUGCUCUCACCAAAGCUGGUUCGCUUCGCCAGCCGCCUUGAGAACGUCAAGACAUUUGAUGGGAGAGAUUCACCGCUUGCUGUAUCUGUGCAAAACACACCCUUGGGGUCACCAUCGCACCAUGACUUCGAUGUCGAAGACUACUUCUCCAACAACAGCAACUUCACCGACUUGUCUCUCGGUUCAGACGAUUCCGAUCUGGAUCUGGAUUCCUUCUUCGGCUCCGCUCCUCAGCACCAGUACAAGAUCAGUUUCACCAACUUCACUCCUCCGCAAAACAUUUACGACAAGCUUUCGUCCCCCGUGUACCUUCAGAGCGUUUGCAUUUCACUGGACAAGAAACUGAUGAACCUUACUGUGAUGUGCGAGAACUUGGCCUUCGAGAAAAACCUUAGCAUCAAGAUCACUUUCAACGAUUGGCAUUCCACCGUCAUCUACAAUAAUGCGCAAUACGUGAAACUGUUUUCCCUGUUGAAUUACGAUCAGUUCAAGUUCACUAUUCCACUCACAUCACUUCCUAGUGCCAUUAACACUCAAUUUUGCAUUAAGUACUGCGUUGCUGGCUCUACGUUCUGGGACAACAACAACACUAAGAACUACUCCGUGACGUUGACUUCUACCGGUAAACCCAAGCCAAAGACGAGAAAGGCAAAAAUCCACAGCUCGUUUGAUUUCCUCGAUAACCUCAAGAGCACCGGUGACAACGUUGGCCAGACAAACGUCCCUUACACUGAAUUGGUUUCAAAACUCAAUAGUGUGAAGAAGGAUGAACACAAGCGCGUGCCAUUGUUCAAGUCGUUAUCGACAACUAAUGUUGGAUCCCCACCACCUAGGGCCACGCCACAGUCCAGGCCGAAGUAUUCCAAGUCGUACAAAUCUCGCACGGCUACUUCACCCCCGGCACUGGAGUCCUCGGGUUUGCUGAAAGAGCAAGUUGUAUCACCACCUGAGCCCGCUCACCAAGAACUGAAGGAAGACUCUACACCACGGUCUGUGGGUGCUUUCCACGAGACCCAGUUUAAUUCCAACACUUACGCAGCUUUGUUGCGCACAUACUGCUUCAGUGGAACACCAUCUACAAACAGCCCUGUUGCUACUCCUACCACAUCUUCCACACCAACCGGGCUAGGAUUCGACUGUGCCUCCCCUGCAUCAACGUUUCACUCCUUGAGUGACUCGAUUCACAUUUAA